CAGGCUCUGGGCUCUGCCCUCUGCUUUUACUCCUGGAGGCGGAGUUCCCUGAACCGCUGCACUCAUUUAUGAUAUUCAGAUGGCUUAUUCGAAAGCUGCCUUCAACUCGUUAUGGAUGUAAGCAGAGUGUAAAUACAUUAAAAAUAAGAUCCAGGAGUUCCUGCUGUAGCGUCUCUGCAGUGCCAGAAGAUCUUCAGAAACAAAAGAGCAGAGAAGGACUCCCAUCCACCAGCUGGACGCCUUCCUCCCAUCGCCAGCCCCCACAGCCUGGCUGCUCUUGCCCCGGAAAGGCCUGGAGGAAGACGCCAGGGAAACAGCCCUGCCCACUCUCCCCUGACCCUCCAUCCAUCCAGCACCGGCGUCUGAAGAUCCAUGGCCCAGGCGUGCUGGGGCUGCUACCCCUGGCUUGUCCUCAUCUGUGCUUGUGCCUGGGGCCACCCAAAGUCACUCAACCAGAGAGAGGAUGUGCGGAACUGUUCAACCAGUCCUCCGUACCUUCCAGUUACUGCGGUCAAUACCACAGCACAGCUCACAGCCCUCCGCGAGCAGAUGCUCACCCAGAAUCUCUCUGCCUACAUCAUCCCGGACACGGAUGCCCACAUGAGCGAGUACAUCGGUGAAUGUGACCAGAGGCGUGCCUGGAUUACGGGCUUUAUCGGGUCUGCAGGAAUCGCAGUGGUGACCGAGAGGAAAGCGGCUCUCUGGACCGACAGCCGCUACUGGACCCAGGCUGAGCGGCAGAUGGACUGCAACUGGGAGCUCCACAAGGAAGUUAGCACCGGUCACAUUGUCACCUGGCUUCUCACCGAGAUUCCUGUUGGAGGGCGUGUGGGCUUUGACCCCUUCCUCUUCUCCAUCGACUCCUGGGAGAGUUAUGACGUGGCCCUGCAAGAUGCUGACAGAGAGCUGGUGUCCAUCACCGUCAACCUUGUGGACCUGGUGUGGGGGUCAGAGAGGCCGCCCCUGCCAAAUGCGCCCAUUUAUGCCCUGCAGGAGGCGUUCGCAGGGAGCACCUGGCAGGAGAAAGUAUCUAACAUCCGCAGCCAGAUGCAGAAGCAUCACGAGAGGCCAACUGCCGUGCUUCUGUCCGCCCUUGAUGAGACGGCCUGGCUCUUCAACCUUCGAAGCAGUGACAUCCCUUAUAACCCCUUCUUCUAUUCCUACACGCUGCUCACCGACUCCUCCAUCAGGUUAUUUGCAAAUAAGAGUCGCUUUAGCUCCGAGACCCUGCAAUACCUGAACUCUAGCUGCAACAGUUCCAUGUGUGUGCAACUCGAAGAUUACAGCCAAAUCCGCGACAGCAUCCAGGCUUACACCUCGGGAGACGUGAAGAUCUGGAUUGGGACCAGGUACACCUCGUAUGGACUCUAUGAAGUGAUACCCAAGGAGAAACUCGUAGAAGACGACUACUCCCCGGUGAUGAUAACCAAGGCAGUGAAAAACAGCAGGGAGCAGGCCCUCCUCAAGGCCAGCCACGUGCGGGAUGCGGUGGCUGUGAUCCGCUACUUGGCCUGGCUGGAGAAGAACGUGCCCACAGGCACCGUGGAUGAGUUCUCGGGUGCAAAGCGGGUGGAGGAGUUCCGCGGAGAGGAGGAGUUCUUCUCUGGACCCAGUUUUGAAACCAUCUCUGCUAGUGGCCUGAAUGCUGCUCUGGCCCACUACAGCCCGACCAAGGAGCUGCACCGCAAGCUGAGCUCAGACGAGAUGUACCUGCUGGAUUCUGGGGGGCAAUACUGGGACGGAACAACAGACAUCACCCGAACAGUCCACUGGGGCACCCCCUCUGCUUUCCAAAAGGAGGCAUAUACUCGCGUCUUGAUAGGAAAUAUCGAUCUGUCCAGACUCGUCUUCCCUGCUGCUACGUCAGGGCGAGUAGUGGAGGCCUUUGCCCGCAAAGCCUUGUGGGAUGUUGGGCUCAAUUAUGGUCACGGGACAGGCCAUGGCAUCGGCAACUUCCUGUGUGUGCACGAGUGGCCAGUGGGAUUCCAGUAUGGCAACAUUCCCAUGGCCGAAGGCAUGUUCACUUCCAUCGAACCUGGUUACUAUCAGGAUGGAGAAUUUGGGAUCCGUCUUGAAGAUGUGGCCCUUGUGGUAGAAGCAAAGACCAAGUACCCAGGGACCUACCUGACCUUUGAAGUGGUAUCCUUGGUGCCCUAUGACCGGAAACUCAUCGAUGUCAGCUUGUUGUCCCCAGAGCAGCUCCAGUACCUGAACCGCUACUACCAGGCCAUCCGCGAGAAGGUGGGCCCGGAGCUGCAGCGGCGCGGGCUGCUGGAGGAGCUCUCCUGGCUGCAGCGGCACACGGAGCCCCUGUCCGCCAGGGCUGCACCCACCACCUCCUUGGGCUCUCUGAUGACAGUCUCUGCUCUUGCCAUCCUCGGCUGGAGUGUCUAGCGGCUCAAGAUUCCCCUCCUCACCCUUUUGCUCGCUUAGCUCCCCUACCUUGCACCACCCAUGCCCCAAGAGCCCCUCCCAGCCCAUUGCCUGGAAACCAUGGCCCUCGGCCUCCUUCUCCGCGAACAAGCCCCUUGGCCACAGGCAGCGCCCCCUCUGGGCUUGGACAUUUCACCAUCUGCUCUCAUCCCGGAGUGCCAGGAUACAAAACCCAGCCAGUCCCUCUUAAUGUGGUGGCCUGUUUCCCCUCCCCCCAAAAAAGACCAAAAUAAGGCGCCUAUCCCCAGGAGCUCCGUGGCCCUGGGAGAGUGUCACCCCAUCGCCACCUGCGGAGAUAGCCAGGCCCACACUGGCUCCUGACUUGUUGGUCUUCCCCUACCCUUGAGGCUGCCUCUGGCCAUCUGCACUCUCCCUGGCCCUACAGUGGCCUCCUGGCUGCAGCCCACAGGCUGAAGGAACAAGGGCUGCCUCCAGACUCCCUGCUGUGUCUGUAGAGGGAGAGGAAGGGAAGGUGGCUGAAUCCUCUGGGCAUUACGGCCAGCCCAGGGUCAGGGAGACCAGUCAGGUCACAGACACCAGCGCCCCCCCCCACCAUUCACCCAUGUGUGAGCCCAUCAUUUCUAAACCCUGGGCGGGCUCCAUGCCAGUUGACAGCCUAGGGAGUUAAGCCAUAGGAAUUUGGCCAUGGGGUAGGAGGAGCGCUCUGAAAUAUGUCCCUACCCAAAAUGGAAGACAACCUGAGAGGCAGUGCCCAAUCACUAUGCCAGACGUCUUGGGGGCGCCGUACGCGCGGGUAGCCCUUUGAAUUUUCCAAAGUUCAACCACAGCGACACUGCUGCUCAAUCCUCCAGCAUCCUUAGAUGACCUUUAACCUGUUUGGGCAGAAUCUGGUUUCCCUACUUCACAGGAGAACUGAACUCCAGAUGGGAUGGGACCUGCCCAAGGUCACACCAUGUUUGCUUGGGACCUGUCGGGUCGCCAGUCGAGCUCUUUUGUCCUUUGGCACCAUGCGGAGUCCCUUACCCUACCUCCCAGCCCUUCAGCUGAGCCCACUGCUGGGGGCAGGGGGACAGGGAGGGGGAGGGAGUUUUCUCUGGCCGGCCCAGCCGUUAGCCACCUGGGCUCACAUCCUGCUAAAUGCUUAAAACAGCCUGACAACAGCCUGCCUCAGGGUUUUGCAUUGUCUGCUGCGCUGCCUGCCAGAGCCUGCUGUUACCUGUGGCUUUUGUGGUAGGGCAGGAAGGGGAGGGGGUGAGGUUGGGGGCAGGGACGUGAGGCUCGCAGAAGCUCAGUUGGGGAGCACACGUGCUUGAGGAUGUGCAAGUGAGCAUGCGUGCACGCGAGUGUAUGUGGAUUCGCAUGCAGGCCACGCCCAGCCAACCAGCGCCUGCGGUAGCCUUGUGGAAGAGAGGAGGGGAGCCCCAUGCGGGGGCCAGCACCAGGGGAGCACAUCUGGGGGAGGAGAGAACCAAGUCAGGGGCAGAGUGCUGGGCGAAGGCACCAAGCAGAGGAAGCACCCCCCUCCGCCCUGCCCCCAGCGGGACCACCAGGCCUAGCUCGCUGAGUGUGAGAGGGACCUGUGACAGUUAACACCACUGAUGCUUGCACCCAAAGGCCCCAGCUCUGAGCCAUCCUUACUGAGAUCCUGUAGCACCAAUGGUGGGCGUCUGUUCACUGAGUCAUUUGCUCCCUCACAAGGUUGCCCCACAAAGACAACUACUCAUAAUAAAAUUAGCGGCCAUCAUCGCCACCACCGUCAUUGUCAUCGUCACAGCUACCAUCCACUGAGGGUUUACCAGGUACCAGGCACUGUGCUUUACAUGCAUUCUUUUACAUUUUUAAAUUUCAUUGUGGUAAGAACAUUAAACAUGAGAUGUAGGAGCUCCCUGGUGGCACAGGGGAUGAAGGACCUGGCAUUGUCACAGCUGUGGUGUGGGUUCGAUCCCUGGCCUGGGAAUUUCCACAUGUCAUGGGCGUGGCCAAAAAAACCCACAAGAUCUAUCCUCUUAAUUUUUUUUUUUUUUUUACUUUUUAGGGCCUCACCCAUGGCAUACGGAGGUUCCCAGGCUGGGGGUCCAAUUGGAGCUACAGCUGCCAGCCUACACCACUGCCAUAACAACAUCAGAUCCCAGCCACAGCUCACCUCUUGGUUCCUAGUUGGAGUCAUUUCCGCUGUGCCACGAUGUGACCUCCUAUCCUCUUAAAUUGUUAAGUGUACAAUACACUAUCACAUUCUCCCAUUUCAUCCCCACAACCUCUGAGAAGGUACUUUUAUUGUGGCCAUUUUACAAGUGACGGGAACAGAGCAAGGCUCCUAGAGAUUAACCAACUGGCUCAAGGUCACUCUUCAAGGAAGUGAAAAAAAUAAAAAGCAGGAUUCAAACCUGA